ACAGUUGGACAGGACUGGGAGGAAUCCUCCGGCCUCAUUCAUGACCUGUUCCUCACCACAGUUAGCCCAGAACUGAAGCAGCUCCAAGAAAGAUUUGUAAAUGAACCUAUUUUCCGUGAAGUAAUUGAUGCUUUGCAAAAUACAGAUCACACAAGCAGCAUUCAAAUGAGAAGGUGUGCAUGCCACCGUGCAAUUAGCUACAUGAUCAAAGAUGAGAAACUAUGGUGCAUAGGCAACGGGCGCUCACCACAAGCACGACCAUGCAUUGAAUGCAUACCCUGGUCAGAAGCAAUCACACAUGCAGCUAGAGUGCAUGGCCAACUGCACUUUGGCCGCAACCAUGUCAAAUUACAGCUACUUGAUGUCAUAUGCAGCCCAAAACUUGACCAGUCAAUCAUG